UAGGUUAAGCCAUGGCAGGAAGCAGGCAGGACCUAAAAGCAGUAGGAGGACUCUCUUCAGGUGUAGGUAAUGUAUUUCUAAAGUGCCAAGUCACAAAACUCAGUAGGCUGCAAGAACAAGGAACAAAGAGCAGGCAGCUUGAACAGAACACUACUAACAUGGCCACUGAACACAACAAUCCCACAAAGACAGAGUGAGGGAGAGAGGGCACCAGGUGACGUGACUACUGACAGAGACAGGUGAGUAUGAUGACACUGAUUAGGCCACACACACACACAUACACAUACACACAUACACACACAGAAGGAAAGGGAGACAGGGCAGACCUCACAUCCAUACUCCUGUAUUUGAAGUUCUCCACUCUCUGGAUUUUAAGUCAGUGAGGAGUAACACUGGCUUUAUUCUCAGUGUUAUCUUUAAAGUGCUGACACGGCACUAGCUUGCAUUCAUGCCCUGCUUUUUUCACCCAGCCAACGCUGAGCCAGGUGAAGGAGCCAUCAGCUGAAGAGGAGGAAGAAGAGGAGGAGAGGAAAAGGGGUGACUGCCUUGAUGAAAUCCUCUGUCAUGUCACUACAGUGUGGACCUUGACUGAUCAGAGGAAGAAGACCAGAGAGAUAGAAAGACUCAGACAUAGAGAAGAACAGAGCUGUAACAGAGAGGAGAAGAAGGAGGUGAAGUCUGGUGCUGUGUUUAAUUAUGACUUUGGACAGAUGAACUAACGAACACAGAACUGCAGAGUUUUGUUGGCUGGAGUUCACCUAACAAGACGAGGAGAAAGCAAUCUAGGAAGACUACUGUCCUCAGCCCAGCUCCAGGGCAGCGAGUGGACUUAGUGUUAGUGUGAGUUUGUGUGUGUGUUGAGUGCAUACCCGGUGGAGGGCAAAAGACUGGAGGGCCAGGGGACUAACCUGGCCAUCAAACGGACUGGCAGCGUCUCCUCUCCUGGGAUCAUGUACCCUCAGGGCAGACAUCCGGUCCCUUUGCAGCCGGGCCAGUCUUUUAAGUUCACAGUUCUGGAAACACUGGACCGCAUCAAAGAAGAAUUCCAGUUCCUCCAAGCUCAGUAUCACAGUCUGAAGCUGGAGUGUGAGAAGCUGGCCAGUGAGAAGACUGAGAUGCAAAGGCACUACAUCAUGUACUAUGAAAUGUCCUACGGUCUCAACAUUGAGAUGCACAAGCAGGCGGAGAUUGUAAAGCGUCUCAGUGCCAUCUGUGCUCAGAUUAUCCCUUUUCUGUCUCAAGAGCACCAGCAACAGGUGGUCCAAGCGGUGGAGAGAGCCAAACAGGUCACCAUGGCUGAACUGAAUGCCAUUAUUGGGCAGCAGCAGCUCCAACACCUGUCUCAUCAUGCCCCUGGCAUCCCCUUGACACCGCACCCAUCAGGCCUGUCCCUAGGUUCAGGCGGCUCUGGUCUUCUGGCAUUGACUGGAGCUCUUGGAGUCUCAGCCCACCUUGCGUCCAAAGAUGAACGCAACCACCUUGACCCUGAACAUCUUCGAGAGGGCGCACCAAGCAGGAGCAAGUCAGUGUCAUCAACAGACAGUCAGCCCCCUGAGGAGCGCCAGGGCCCAUCUGGGGGCUACUCCUCCUCACAGGGAGGAGCUGAGGCCAAGAGGAGGCGCUGUGAUGAUAAGGAAUCUCUCCCACCACAUUCCUAUGACAGUGAUGGAGACAAAAGUGAAGACAACCUCGUGGUGGACGUCUCCAAUGAGGAGCCCAACUCCCCUGCAGGCAGCCCCCCACACUCCCCCCACGGGAAUGGUUUAGACCGGGCUCCUUCCUUAAGGAAAGAGCUCCCAGGAAUCUCAAGUGCAGGAGAAGGUCCGACCACCCCGAACCCCCGCAGCCCAACCCCGGGCAAGUCCAAGGACUCUGUUCAGGGGGAUAAAUCCCAGUCUCCAUUGUCCAAGUCCAGCACCCCGUCCCCGUCUCAUCGUGAAGCCCUCACCCCUGGAGCAACAGGAGCCCCAGGAGCUCCUGGUCCCAGCACCUCCUGCCUUCGUUUGGUCAGCAAAGCAGCAACAAGCGCAGACCCCCUCGCUCUCCGCAGCCCCCUGUCUGUGCCCCCUGGUUCAUACCCAGCUCAUUUUGGCGUGGUAUCCCACGCAGGACUGAACGGGGAGCUGGCGAGUCCAGGAGGUUUCGGUGGAGCUCUGACCCUCUCCCCGCAAAUCAGUGCAGCAGCCAGCGCCUACUCUCGAAGCUCCAUGGUGGCCUAUGACUCCCGUUCUCACCUGAGAGCAGCAGGGCUGCCCUCCUCUCUGCCCAGCUCCUCUGGUGGAAAACCAGCCUACUCGUUCCACGUCAGUGCUGACGGGCAGAUGCAGCCGGUGCCAUUUCCCCCUGACGCCCUGCUGGGCCCAGGAAUCCCUCGCCACGCCCGACAGAUUCACACCCUGAACCACGGAGAGGUGGUGUGUGCCGUCACCAUCAGCACCUCCACACGUCACGUCUACACUGGAGGAAAAGGUUGCGUCAAAGUGUGGGACAUCAGCCAGCCGGGCACCAAGAGUCCAAUGGCCCAGCUGGACUGUCUGAACAGGGAUAACUACAUCCGCUCCUGUAAAAUCCUCCCUGACGGCCGAACCCUGAUCGUGGGCGGGGAGGCCAGCACUCUGUCCAUCUGGGAUUUAGCCACGCCCACUCCACGCAUCAAGGCAGAGCUGACAUCAUCUGCUCCGGCCUGCUACGCUCUGGCCAUCUCUCCUGACAACAAGGUCUGCUUCUCCUGCUGCAGUGAUGGAAACAUCGUGGUCUGGGACCUUCACAACCAGACCCUGGUCAGACAGUUCCAGGGUCACACAGACGGAGCGAGCUGCAUCGACAUCUCCAACGAUGGCACCAAGCUGUGGACGGGAGGACCGGACAACACGGUCCGCUGCUCGGCCCUGAGAGAGGGAAGACAGCUGCAGCAGCACGACUUCACCUCACAGAUCUUCUCUCUGGGCUACUGUCCAACAGGAGAGUGGUUGGCUGUGGGAAUGGAGAGCAGCAACGUGGAAGUCCUGCACGUCUCCAAACCUGACAAAUACCAGCUGCACCUCCACGAGAGCUGCGUUCUCUCCCUCAAGUUUGCCUUCUGUGGCAAAUGGUUUGUGAGCACAGGAAAAGACAAUCUUCUGAAUGCGUGGAGGACACCGUACGGAGCCAGCAUUUUCCAGUCCAAGGAGUCCUCGUCUGUGCUGAGCUGCGACGUCUCUCCGGACGACAAGUACAUAGUGACAGGAUCUGGGGACAAGAAGGCCACGGUGUAUGAGGUGGUGUACUGAGGGCCCGCCAUGACAGGACGGAGACUGAGGAGGAGGAGGUGCAGUGGGUUGCCCUGCCAACUCCUAAUCCUCAUUACAUCAGCAGCUGCAGCACCUCUGUCUCCGUCUUCUUAAGUCCCUCUAACUCCCUCUCUCUCUUACCCACCAGCCCCGCUGCCCCCUUUUUUUCUGCUGUGAUAUAAACUACUGUGGAAGCUUCCCAGUGCUGCCUCUCUCCUCCGCCUUCCACUUUUAGCCCAGGGAUGAGGCAUGGUAGCAUGGAGAGAGACAGAGAGGGAGGGUGGGGGCGAGAUAAGAAGGACAAAGGGAAAGGGCAGUGGAGCAUAAAGAUAAAGUCGUGAGAAGAAAGGAAGGGAAAGAUGAGGAGAAAGCGUGAGGAAGAGAAAUGAAAGGAAGGAGGGGGGGGGCAGGGUAAUUAGGGCUGUUUCCUGAUUAAGAGCUCAGUGGAAGGGAGGCCCCCAGAGGAGGUGGGGAGCGGCACUGUGGGAGCAGCAGCCAGGAGCACUGAUACCACACAAUCGAUUCAUUAGCCAGACAGUGGAGGCCUUAAUGAGGCUGACGCCGCAGCUCGCUCUCCCCGGCGAGAGGUGUCGGGGGCUGGGGAGUGAUGACGCUGUGAGACGGAGGAGGAGGGUGAGACAGGGGGUGGUGGUGGUGGGGGGGCUGCUUCUCAUAUCUGCAUAUCAUGUCACCGAACACUUUAACACACAGCAACACAUAGUUACACAAGGAACACGUCAUCAAACAAGAACACACACUUGGACACACUCCCCUGAGGUAGAAAAGAGAAGACAAACACUCACUCUCUCUCUCUCUCUCUCUCUCUCUCUCUUUCACACACACACACACACACACACACACCACCCAAUUAAACAUUCAUCGCCACACUCCCCAUCUCACUUCCUAAUAUCUAUUUUGUUUGGUCAGACAAAGGCAGCGUCUAAUGAGCAGCAGAGUCUCUGGAUCCUCCCAGGACCAACACACAAAUACAGAGCAUCAGCUGAACUGUUCCCCUCUAUUUCCUCUGGACUGUUCUCCUGACGACAGCCGCUCAUCACUGGAUGACAUAGCAGCAAGGCUAACCUACUGUACAGCAAACUAAAAUCUGCAAAUUAACAUCAGCAACUGUACUCAGCAGUUAUGAAUUAAAUGUUUGUCUGAUUUUUGUACACUUCUUUUUUCUGUCUUCAUUAAACAGAGAAAAUACAGUUCAACUCAGUCCUUCUAUAGUGAACCCUAGUGGUCAAAGUGCACAGGCCAAAUUUUGUUUGAUAAGCUAAUGGCUGCAUUUAUUUGAGAUACUAAAGAGUUCAAAAUGAUUGAAAAGAUUUUUAAAAUUAUACAUUUUCAUUUAUUUUUGUUUGUUUGUUUAUAUUAUUAAUAAUCUCAUGUGUGUAUGCUAAGAUCGAAGCUACUGCUAGCUGCAGGCUAACUCCUGAACAUGAGGAUACAAAAUCUGUUAGCUUGACACUAACUGUAUGGAACAAAUCACACCUGCUAGUAUCUGUGUAAUCCCAUGUAAAUGUCAUCUUAGCUUAAGCCAGUGGUUCUCCAUUUAAUUUCUGUCAUGCCCCCUCACCCCCCUUGGGGACAGAAAUAUUUUCACCCCACCCACUCACGAUCCACCCACUACGAAUUGAAAUACUAUUGAGAACCUGAUAAUGCGCAUAUUUUUAUCUGUACAAACCAUCAUUCAUUCAAGCAUUACAGCAUUGAUACAUGCGUGCCAUAUUACACUGGAAGCACCUUACCACGCCCUCCCCCAGAGAGGCUCGUCCCACUAUUUGAGAAGUACUGGCUUAAGCUAACUUAGCUUAGACUGAAGUACAGUCAUACGUUAGCUUCAUACUGUGGCUGUCUACUUGAGCAUAUCACAAUGUGACAUUUUAUAUACCAUAACAGUCAAAUACAUUUAUUAAGUUGAGCUUCUUCAUCAUGUUCAGGAAUCGCUCUUCAAUUUUACAUAUUUAGACACAAUCAGUAAAGAUUUAAGUGUUGACAGAAUUUGAUUCAUUUUAUUACCAUCCACUAGGUAAAAUUAUUUUUCCUACUGUAAUUAUUCCCUUCUUAGCUAGCUUCAGACUUAGCAUACACGUAAACAUAAAAAGCUAAAGGAAGACAUUUAAACAACCAUAUUAUUUUUUAUCACACGUCAGUCACGCUUCUUAAAUAAUGUUGAUGUAUAUGUAGUUUUCUGUGGAUAGGAAAAAAGUAAACCAUCAGUGAAACACUUUCUUGAACACUGUCUUCAGAUUUUGGGGACAGUUCCAGGCAGUGGUUUUAUCUGACCAGUUAACCCACACAAAAUUGAUAGUCUGUUUUUGUUUUGUUUUCUGAAAAACCACAUUUAAAGGAAAAUAUUUUUGAAUGUACUUUAGUCUGUUUCCAGUCCUUGUGUACUUUAACACAGUAUCUGUCUGAUCCAGACCUGCUCAUCACUGAGGUUACUCUGUUUACUGCAUGCUGGUUUCUCCUCAUCUGCUGAACAAACAGGACUCCCCACCGUAACAACAGUCGCUCUCAUAUCCAGCCUGACGAUAAAUAUGAAUUCUAACAGAACAGUAUGCAACUUAAUACAUUUGUAAAUGGAGCUGAUGCAGCGCUAGCAUUUAAAAGCCGUUGGAUUGACUGAACAUUCAGAGGGACUCAAACAGUGGCCACCGUAGCAGCCAGGGGUCCGUUCUUAUCUGUACAGUUUUAACGCCUUCUUCUGUCUCUAUUUCUGUAAGUAACAGAGAAAACUCAAGAAUACUCUCAUCCACGAGCUUGUACGCUGCUCACAGCGACGCUGUAUAAUGGCUAUGCAUUUGUUGACACAGCGUGAAUAUUUAGGGUGUUGUAUGGGACCUCUCUCUCUCUCUCUCUCCUGCCUCUGCUUUCUGUUCCUACAGUAUAACAAAGGACAAGCUCGUGUUUAGUUCCUCUUUUCUUAAUGCACUGUGUUUUCAUUCCUGUUUCCUGAUACAUUUCCCAUGUGCUGUACCAAAAAAAAGUGUGAAAAAAUAAAUCCAACUCAUGUUCAUCCUCUCA